UUGUUUAUUCAAAAUUAUGAAAAUGAAUUCGGAAGAGGCAGAAAAUAACAGUGAUUUUUUCUUACGUGAAAUUCCAAACAUUAAAAUAGGUCGAGAAAAGAAAACGGAAGUAUCUAAAAAGGUAGUAAAAGAAGAAUUGCAAGUUCUUCGUUUGAGCAGUCAUUCUCAAAAGCUCAUUUUAAAAACCCUGAAGUAUAUUUAUGGACCUGAUUUUACUUUAGAUGAUGCACUCAAAUACAAGGAUCAAGGAAAUCAGCAGUUUAGAAAAAAAUUUUGGGUAGAAAAGAGAGGACUAGUUGUUAAAGGAAGUUUAAAUAAUUGUUCAGAUUCUAAUUCAAAUAAUGAAGCUGAACAAAUAAAAGAGUUUGCUAUACUUAGGCUAGAAAGCUAUGGAUUCCAUAAGAAUCAUUGUAAAGAAGCAUUAGAAUAUUGUGAGGAAAAAUUAGAAGAUGCCUUACAGCUUUUAUACCAAAAAUACUUCAAAACAACAAAUAAAAGGAUUAUGCUGGAUCAUACUGACGAAGAAAUAACAGAACAACGUCAAGAUGAAAAAGAAGUUUUAACAUCAAUAUUUGAAGCUGCAUUUCAAGAAAAAAUUUCUAAUUCAGUGUGGUUAGUAAAAGUUGAUUUAGAUUAUUUAGUCAAAUUAUUCAACCCCAAGAAACCAGAUAUUAAAAAAAACAGUUCCAUAAAGCCCAAAGAUAUUUGUAGAAAUUUUAAAAAAGGUCACUGUAAGUAUGGAAAUAAAUGCCGUUUUUUACAUGAAGAACUUUCAACACCUAAGGAUAUAAACGCCCACUUAAAUAAACAUGAAUUUAGUUUGGAAUUUAGAUUCCCCGAGGGCAACAAAUACCCCUUUGAACCUCCAUUGAUAUUCCUUAAAACAAACUAUCCAUUUCCAGAAUUUUUCUGUCUUAAUAUAAGUAAAAGACUAUACUUAGAAGCCAUUGAAUUUGCUAAAGAUGGGAUAGCAAGUGUUUACCCUAUUGUAGAAUUUAUAAACAACAAAGAAGCAAUGCUGGAAUACAUAAACAAUGCAAGAAUUAACUUUCCACCUUCUGAUGAAAGCAUAUUUUCUGAAGAAAAUGAAAAGGAAACAGAGUUACCUAAGGGACCUUCUCAUUAUGACAAAGGUAUAACAAAUGUUGAUAAGAAAGUUUAUUGUACUCAAAAAGUCGCUACUGAAGAUAAAAAAAUUAUUCAGAGUUUUUUGAGCCGACAAGGGGGUGAAAAAUAUAAAGAAAUGCUAAACUGCCGAAAAAAUCUUCCUGCGUGGAAACUAAAAAAUAAUAUUCUAAACACACUUGAAUCUGCACAGAUUGUAGUUAUUAGUGGAGAAACUGGUUGUGGAAAAAGUACUCAAGUGCCGCAAUAUAUUUUGGAUGAUUGGAUAACAAAUUACAAUAAAAAGCAAGGAAAACAUGUUGAAAUAAUUUGCACACAACCAAGAAGGAUAUCUGCCAUUGGGGUUGCGGAACGUGUUGCAGAAGAAAGGAUUGAAAAAGUUGGACAAACAGUUGGUUAUCAAAUUCGAUUGGAAAGUAAAAUUUCUAAUAGUACGAGACUUACGUUUUGUACCACUGGAAUUUUACUGAGAAGAUUAGAAAGUGAUCCUUUUCUUUCUUCCGUCUCUCAUGUAAUUGUAGAUGAGGUUCAUGAAAGGAGCGAAGAGAGCGAUUUCUUAUUACUCAUAUUAAAAGAAAUGUUACUCGUCCGAAAAGAUAUUAAAGUUAUACUCAUGAGUGCAACAUUAAACUCGGGUUUAUUUUCCGAUUAUUUCUCAAACGUGCCUAUCUUGGAAAUACCCGGACGAACGUUUCCGGUUGAACAAUAUUUUCUGGAAGAUAUUUUAGAAGAAACUGGCUAUAUAUUGGAAGAAAAUACUCCGUAUACUCGUCCUAUUAAAAAGUUACCUGAAACUUUUGAAAUAGACCUUCAAUCAAGCGAAGUAAAUAAUUUAAAUAAACCGAAAGAUAAUAUAAAAGAUGAAUGUUUAAAUUUCGGACAAUUACUUGCCAGAUAUGAAGGAUAUAGUCGACAAACUUGUAAAAAUUUGUAUUUAAUGGAUCCAGAAAAGGUAAAUUUAGAUUUACUUGAAUCGGUAUUAUCGUGGAUAGUUGAUGGAGAUCAUAAUUAUCCAAGAGAAGGAACAAUAUUGAUAUUUUUACCAGGAAUUGGUGAAAUAACUGCUCUUUAUGACCAACUUAAAGUGCAUCCCGAUUUUAGUCCUAGAUAUGGAAGAUAUGUUAUUUUACCACUACAUUCUUCAUUGACGAGUGAAGAACAGGCAUCAGUUUUUAGAAAACCGAAGAAUGGAGCUAGAAAAAUUGUUAUUUCUACGAAUAUUGCGGAAACAUCUGUGACAAUUGACGACUGCGUUUUCGUUGUAGAUGCCGGAAAAAUGAAAGAAAAAUAUUUUGAUUCCUCACGUAACAUGGAAAGUUUGGAACUUGUUUGGGAGACGAAAGCGAAUGCGUUACAAAGAAAAGGGAGGGCGGGACGUGUUAUGCCAGGCGUUUGCAUACAUCUUUUCACAAAUCAUCGAUUUAAACACCAUUUUAAGCCUCAACCGAUACCUGAAAUUCAAAGAAUAUCGCUUGAACAGUUGAUUUUGCAUAUAAAAAUUUUACCGAAUUUCGAAGAUAGAACUGUUAACGACGUUUUAGAUAAACUAAUUGAACCACCAGAAAUAGAAAAUAUUAAUGCAGCUAUAUUUCGUUUACAAAACGUUGGCGCAUUAGAUGACGAUAAUAAUUUGACACCUCUAGGGCAACAUUUGGCAGCGUUACCGGUUGAUGUUCGAAUCGGCAAACUGAUGCUUUAUGGAGCUAUAUUUUCAUGUGUAGACGCAACUUUAACAAUUGCAUCAUGUUUAAGUUAUAAGAGUCCAUUCGUAACACCUUUUGACAAAAAAGAGCAAGCUAAUGCAAAAAAGAGGGACUUUGCCUUAGCAUGCAGUGAUCAUUUAACUGUUUUAAGGGCAUACAGGAGGUGGCAAGAAGUGUCCCGAAAAGGUCGAUUAGCCGGACAAAACUUUGCCAACGAAAAUUAUCUCUCUAUUAAAACAUUAGAAACAUUAGCCGAUACGAAACACCAAUUUUUGGAAUAUUUAGUUAGCAUAAACUUCGUACCAGUCGACUUAACUGUUUAUCGUCACCGGUCUGGUACCGACAAAGUUUUGGAAAUUACAAAAUCUGAGUUUAACAGGAAUGAUAACAACGCCAAAAUCUUAUCCGCAAUUUUAUGCACUGCCCUUUAUCCUAAUGUGGUAAAAGUGUUGACGCCGCAGAAAACCUAUAUUGCCAGUGUAGCUGGGGCUGUUGUCAAAGAAACGGAAGCGAAAGAAUUAAAAUUUAGGACAAUUAAUGAAACAGUGUUUAUUCAUCCAAGUUCUGUGAAUUUUAUUGUAAAAGAGUUUUCUAGUCCAUAUCUUGUAUUUCAAGAAAAAGUGAAAACUAGUAAAAUAUUCAUCAAAGAUUGCACAAUGGUGCCUUUUGUUCCUUUAGUUCUUUUUUCGGGUUGUAUACCUAGAAUCAGUGUCCAUAACGGGAUAACAUAUCUCUCCCUUGAAGAUGGAUGGAUAAUGUUUCAAGUAGAAAAUCAUCAGGUAGCCGAAAUGAUAAAAGUUAUCCGUUUGGAACUGCUAGAACUUCUAAAAGAAAAAAUUAAGGAUCCACUCUUAAAUUUACAAAAUCACGAAAAAGGAGAAAAAAUAAUUUCAACGAUCAUCCAGGUUGUCACAAAUGACUGACAAUAACUUGUAUUGCUAAUGUAAAUAUGUAAAAAAUAAAAAUUUAUGUUUGUA